AUGGCUACCGCCAUCACCAUCCAAGCCACUUCUUCUGGCCCGGCAGCUGCCGGUCUGCCAUUGAAUGCUUCGACGCUUACUGCUGAUCACCGUUUUCUCACUCGACAUCACCAACACCCCCGAAUGAGCUCGACGACUUCCCCUGUGGCAUCUCUUACCAAUUCCCCCUCAGCUUCCUCAGCGUCCUUCUCGUCUAUAGCGACCCCUAAUACGACGCCUGCAGUCAACACCAGCGCGUCUUCUGUAGCUGCCAGCACCACUACGACUAAUCAGACCUUGAACCUCACCAACACUAUAGCUUCUACGACAUCACUGCUCGCCGGCAGUGUCUCCUCUCGUGGGCCUACUGGCCGCGAUGGGGUCAGCUGUGACGCCUGUCUCUUCCGCAAGAGUCGCUGUGCAAUGAACGAGUUGGUCAAUAAGUGCUACUCGUGCGAGUUCCAUCGCCAGGAUUGCACGUUCAGUCUGGCCAAUAGUGCCUUAUCAGAAGCAGCCUCUCCACCGUCCAGGAAAAGGAAGCUGGAGGAUUUGGUAGAGGCUGAGUCGAAUAAAAGACAAUCAAUAGAAAUACCUCGACCAGAGUCGACUACAAAAGAAAUGGUUCCCCCUACAAACACCACCAAUACAAAUCUAUUGGCCUCACCCCGACUAUCAUACCAAUCAAGUCAACACAUCGGCCUAACCACAGAGCUCGAACCCAUCCUCUUUGAACACAUCCCUCUAGACACCAACGAUGAAAGCUCACUCUCAUCCACCCAUAAAAUCCGCCGGUUCGCCGCAGACGGCACGUUUAUGCGAAUCAUGAACCCGGACUCUUCGAAGGAGGCGUCUACAGUCUCACUGGACGCCAUUGAGACUUUAGUUGCCCCUUAUGGCUCGACGCUGGUUGAUAAAUUCUUUGAAAAGAUCCACCCCGUCUUCCCAGUGCUGAUGGAGGAUUCCUUUCGACAAUCCUAUCGUACGCGGCGAGGAUUAUCGCCGCUUCUACUAGCAGCCGUCUAUACUCUCACACUAAAAUACCUCGAAUUUGAGCCUGCAGCCCGUUCAGCGCGAAAACCAGACGUGAAGAGAAUGGAAGAUACAGCCAUGAAGUUAUUGACAGAGUCCCUACCGCAUGCUGAUAUAACUACUAUUCAAGCCGGUAUGCUUAUCAUGCAACGGUCGUCUCUCAACACAUCCUCGCUGAACGGGCAAUUGGUCACGGCUGCAUUUGAGCUUGGUCUGCAUCAGGAUUGCUUCAAUUGGAAGAUCCCACUUGCCGAGCGGGGGUUGCGUAGACGAAUGGCGUGGGCAUUACAUACACAGGAUAAAUGGUGCUCACUCGUCCACGGCAGACCAUCACACAUGUCAGCAGCGAACUGGACGGUUCGUGAUUUGGUCGAAGAUGACUUUGUCGGAGCCUUUUCAGCGACAUCACCAGCACACAAAAAGUACGACUCUAAUAAUGAGGGCGAGAGUACCGGAGGACUGGGUCACGGCCCACUCCUAUUCUGCCAACAUGUCGCUUUAACCGCCAUCCUUGCUGAAAUCCUGGAUACAUUCUACACUCUCCGAGCAGCCGAACAGUUCGCCGCAGCCGGAAACAACAAAACCAGAUAUAUCCUCGAAAAGGCCAAGCCAGUCCAAAUUCGACUGAAAGAUUGGUUCGCCCGUCUUCCCCCCGGCAUGAAGAUGGAUUCAACCGCCUCAACAAGCGCAGAAAUCCUCUUUGACGAAGUCACCGAAGAAUCCGCCUCCAACGGCGCUUUACACGUCGCCUAUUUCGCGACCGAAAUCACUUUACAUCGCUGCAUAAUUCGAUCCCUGUCCCCUAACACAGCGGAUAAUUACCUCUCACACAUCUGCCGCUCUGCAGCAAAGACGCGACUCAUCAGUGCAAUGGAUUUUGUGAAUCGUCUCCGUCCAGCGCAUUUACAAGCUUUCUGGCCGGGAUCGUCCCGCACGAAUUUCGCUCUUAUCGGCUCCUUUGGCACGUUACUUCUCGCCACGGCACCGACGAGAGAAGAGGCUGAAUUCUAUCGUCAGCGUCUGGCUGAAUAUCGAUGGACCCUGAGCGUGAGCGUGAAAAAUGCGCAAUUCCUCAAACAUGCGAUUGAAUCAUUGGAUCUGUCGACUAUGUUGGCGCAAAACGUUCCUGAGAAACCUGGGAUAGAGGAAUUGAUGGCUGGUGUUGUGGCUAAGAAGUCGAAACGUGUCACGCUUGCUGGUCCUGUUUAUCAUCAGUCUGGUACUUUAUCCUCUGCAAUGGAUACUACGGGCCUCUUUGCAGCUGGAGAAGCAGCGGGAGGAGGUGGCGCGACUUCAUCUGUUGUUAGCGGGCUGGCGUCUCCGGCUACUAGUCCCAGUAACAUGGAUGAUAUGAGCGAUGUUGACGAUGACGACGAUGAUGCCGGGGAGGAUUAUUAAUCUUCCUCUUCCUUUUCAUUUUUUUCUCACAUAUUAUAGACUUUUACUUUUUUUUUUGGUUUAAAUAUCCAUGUCGUUAUGAGUUAUGAAGCGUUUUCAUCAUUGACAACAUCAUUAUGGGUGUGGUGUCAUAUCAGGG